CCUACCUACCUAUUUAAUCUGUAAUUUUAUUUUAUUUUUGAUUGACCCUUUUUGUCCAUCUGAUCUAUCAUCUCAAAGGAUCUUUGAAAGGAGCCAAGAGAAUCCGGAACUCAAGUCGGAACAAGCCAUCUCACCAAUCAUAGCUCAUCACAGCUCAAGCCAGGCCCUCCGUGAUAGGUCAUAUCUCUGUCCGUGCACUUUUAGGGGUCCUUUGAUCCCCGAUCUUCGGGGGUCGAAUGCUCAGGGCCACUGACGGCGAUCUAACCGGCGUCAUUAAUACGACUUUGCCAUUAUGAAUGCUCAGAUAUCAUUUCUUGAUGGGACGUUCCGCCUAAUACACAUACCGUUGAACCUGUACCCAAGCUUUCUGCAGCCCAUCCUCCAGGUCCUUCUUCCUCAAGGCGGGGAUGACCCCCUCGCCAAUGAGGCGGAAGGGCUCAGUAUCGACAACAAACAUGGAUUCCUAAACAUAAGCAUAACCCCCGUCGAGUGUUCAGUAGUAUGCCACAGCAACUGGGCUCAAAAUGUCUUUGAGCCAGUCAUUAAACGUCUUCCCGCAAAUGUCGCCAAAACCGUUACGAUAUCCAAGGAUACGUACCUAAUCCUGUCGGUGAUCAGUGCUGGCAUGGAUGCGGGUAGUAGGGUGAUGGACUUGACCUCACCCCUGGCAUUAGCUGGUGUACCCAUCUUCUUCAUUACCACUUACUACUCGGAUUUCAUUUUGGUUCCCAGUAAAGAUCGGCAGACAGUGGUACAAGCACUGCUAGCUCGAAAUUUCGAAUUCGACAAGGACGAGUCAGCAUUUGUAUCACCAAGCGCAAUGUCUCAUGUUCGUGGCAAGAGUUCGAAUAGCGAACCUCCGUCGACACCACCGCCAUCUACCGUAGCAGAGCUACAAGUCCGCGCGUUUGACCUGUUAAAAAAGCGAAAUGUCGUUCCAUACAUUAGUCCUUAUCUCAGUCUGGUUCAAUGCUCGGGCCGGAAUCCGUCACAUUUAGUAGAUUAUGGUCGCCGUCCGAAAUUAAGCAGGCAGGCGUCCGGAAACGGGCACCAUCGGAGAAGUUGGCUGGACAACGUGGACACGAAACUAUAUACCAGUCUCAUAUCCGUUCUGGCCAACCAGCCUAGAUUUCUUUCCAUCACUUUAGCUCAGGAAGACCCUCCAUCUUUACUCCUAGACAGAGAAUAUCUGGGCGUUUUCGGUGAUUCCCUCGUAGGCGACACGGAAGGCGACCUCGUCCCCAUCUUUCUCGAUCUCGUGAAUCUCCCGCUAGAGGCAACGGGUAUCGUAUCAGGCGUUGCAGGGCGGCUCAUUGCCGAGAUGGACAUGGAGGAAACCGGCGUCAGCAGCGAGCUAUCGUAUCUUUCGACGGCACGGGCCGGCGCAGUUAUUCUCUCGAGUCAGCAGGCCAUGAAAGCGCUCGAGGUUCUAAAACCCCUUCUCUACAAGGAACAAUGAGAGGCGCCCCUCUCCCCCAGGAAAGUGGCGCUGUGGUUGUAUCUACCUAGGUGUUUGGGCAUGUCAUCGAUAAUAGGGCGGUUUAUCCGGAUGGGAGCAAAAAACGAAAGAAAAAAGAAAAGGUGUUAUGGUCAACGAGCAUGAAAUCAUGGCAUAUUAGACUUAUAGCGGUUGGCAUUUGGCUGCAUGUCGAGACUUGGGUCGGCAUCUCUGCUCAUUGGCAUCAAAAACCACUCCCCUUUUUUGGCGGGUUGUAUGUGACACCAUUUUCAACUGGUGAUUUUUGUUUUUGUUUUCGUUUUGUUUGGGUGGCAGAUGUGAGGAGCAUAUAGGUCGAGUAAUAGUGCAUCGCGGCUUGCGCUAGG